CGGGACGCGCACAGCCCGCCCGGGGCCGCUACAAAAACCUUCGACACCGCCUCGGUCAAGUCGGAGAACUCGGAGGACGGCUCGUCCUGGAUCCCUUCGGAGGCCGGGAGAUACUCCCCGCCGCCAAGACACCUGAGCCCCACUGCCUGCACCCUGAGGAAGCACAAGACGAAUAGGAAGCCCCGAACCCCAUUCACCACCUCCCAGCUGCUGGCUCUGGAGCGCAAGUUCCGCCAGAAGCAGUACCUGUCCAUCGCCGAGAGAGCCGAGUUCUCCAGCUCCCUCAACCUCACAGAGACCCAGGUCAAAAUCUGGUUCCAGAAUCGGAGGGCCAAGGCCAAGAGACUGCAGGAGGCCGAGCUGGAGAAGCUCAAAAUGGCAGCCAAGCCCAUGUUGCCGUCGGGGUUCAGCCUCCCUUUCCCCAUCAACUCCCCGAUCCAGGCUGCCUCCCUGUACGGCACAUCCUACCCCUUUCACAGACCUGUGCUUCCCAUCCCGCCCGUUGGACUCUACGCCACUCCCGUUGGAUACAGCAUGUACCACUUAUCCUAAGAAGAUCCCACAGACAAAGCCUCAGACAGACAGACAGACACACAGACAGACUUCCUGGUGGAUCCUGUCCAGCCCUGAGAAGGCAGAACCCCAACCAGUACCGGCCAUUCCUUCUGCACGCUUCUAUCUGGCAUCCUGAGUUGUCUGGGAGUUUGCUACGGGUUGGGCGUCUCCUGAGAGUGCUCUGAGCACUCAGAGUCUGCUCCUCAAAGCAAAAAAAAAAAAAAAAAAAGGAUGGGUGAAAAAGCAAUUUUAUCAUAAGGAGGCAGAAAUUCCCUGACACCUCCCUGGCGGGGCCCACCGUGGCUUCAGAGUGAGAGGGGUGCAUGCCCUCGAGCCACGCUCUGAGUUGCCAUCACUUUCACAUGGGAGCAGGGGGGAGGGAAAUAAAAAGGUCUAAUGGAAGUUUUGUUGUUUGGUUGUUUUUUUAAAGACAGCAGAGCCCGUAGCUAGAGACGUGUAAAUAGAAACUAGAGCCGGUAGAGUCUCAGUGAAGUUCAGAGCCAGCAAAUUCCUGCUUUUCUGGGGGGAGGGCUGAGUUGUGCAUCCUGAACCUCGGCCAGAUGAGCAGCAGGACCCCAAAAUGUAGAGGCCAGCUUUGCCCACCGUGGCUCCUGUAGUGCCUUUCUGUGUAGAAAUAGCUUCAGCUUUUGGAAAGCACUGGCAGGGGAGGUGAAGAGCAAGGCAGGGUUCUUAGGCUGGUUUUUAUCUCUUCCUAUUGGCAUGCUUAGAAAUUUUUAGCUGGAGCCAGGUAAUUUUGGCUCUGCAAUGCUCUUGGGAAACCUGGAGAGAGGGGAGAAACACAUGGGUUGUUCCCAUAAAGGGUUGUUGAAUCCUCCUGGGGGAUGUUACAGGGUUUUUAUUAUUUGUAUUUGCCACAGCCUGUGUUAAAGAAAGUUUCCCCUGAGUUUUCUUCCGUUCUAAGGGUGCCAAUAGAAGUGACUCGUGCUUUAAGCCCUUCCAGAGAGAGAUCUGGGUGUCCCAAUCAGCCCCACGAGUGGACAGUGGGGUGACAGAGACUGUGUGACCUGCCUGUCCCCGUGGGAGCUCUGGCAGCAGCUUCCCCAGGCUUCUCCUUGUAACUUUUGUAUUCUUUGUAUUACUCUUGCUAAACUUUAUGAGGAAGUUACUCCCAAGGCUGUGGAGCACUGAAGUCAGAGCUUCUCCUGGAUUUAUUUUCUUAGCAUGCUGUUGUGGAGGAAAGAAACAAAAAGAAAAAAAAAUCAGAAAAAAAACCAAAAUGGAAAGAAAAAAGAAAGUCACGAGGUUUUGCUGGUUUUGGUUUGUUUUGAGCCAGGCAUUGAUGCCGCCUGGGACCCAAUAUAGAUGAACUUCCUCUCUCCCUUCCCCUCACCCCUGAUCUCCCAUUAUAGGAGAAUCCCUUUGAAAGGGAUGCCUUGUACAAUUUUAUAUAUUUUAUUGAAGAUUUAUUAUUUCUUAUCUCUUAUUUCGAAUUAAAUUAAAAAAGAAAAAACAUGUUUAA